CGGGCGAGAGAGGAGAGAUGCCGGCCCUGUCCACCUACUGCCACGACUCAGUGGCCCCGGAGAGGGCCUCGUUGGUCAUCAUGCCCAGGAGGACCGCCGCGUACUCCACGCAGCCAGGGCCAUCCCGAGAGAGGGUCGUGCCCGUCAUGGUGAUGGGACGAGCUGGCAGCGUCCACCACCACCACCACCCUGGGUCGACCAGCCCAGCCAGGGACACCAUCUCGUUCCUGACCGGCAUGAGGUUCGAGCUCAGCCCCAAGUCGCGAAUUCAUCAUCCGGAGGUGACAACCCCCACGUGCGUUGGUUAUUGCCCAGACGACGACGACAACGACGAUUGUUGGAUAAGAACAAGGGCUGAGAAGAAGGAGGAGGAUGAUGAUGAGCAGCAGAGGCAGAGAUGCUGCAUGGAGAAACCCUGGGGUCGCUUGCACCUCAAGCCCGCCACUGCACACAACGCGCGCUCUGCUGGAGGAGACGUGGGUGGUGGACAACGUGGCGACGAGACGACACGGUCACCCAUCCUCCGGAGUGUCCGCACGCCGCCGCCGCCGGUGGUGGUGGUGGAGGCGAUCCCCCCCGUGAGCGAAAGGCUUCGGAGUCAGCUGUCGGUGCCGUGCGUCCGCCAGUCGAGCUUGGAGAUCGAGCCCCCACAGCCCCAGCCCACGGGGCUGGCCGCUGGCACCACGGAUGCCACCACCACCACGGCCACCACCACCACGGAUGCCACCACCACCACGGAUGCCACCACCACCACGGAUGCCACCACCACGGUCCCCACCGCAGUGCUCCACGUGGCCACCGCACCGGGGGGUCAUCAUCGUGGUGGCAAGCAGCCUGAUGCAUCAUCCGUGACCACGCACCACAAAACUCCAGACACCACCACCACCAGCAAAAGCAGCAGCAGCAUCAGCAGCAAGCAGGAUGACCACCGCUCAGAAAUGGAGAAACAGGACGAUUACCUGCGCUCCAGCAGCCGCUACCGAUUUCACAUCAUCCCGGACGGCAACUGCCUGUACCGGGCCGUGUCGAAGGCGGUGUACGGCAGCCAGGACAUGCACGCCGAGCUCCGCGAGCAGACGAUCCACCACAUCGUGGACCACCUGGACGAGUUCGGUGCCCUCAUCGAGGGAGACGUGGGCGAAUUCAUCGUGGCCGCGGCGCAGAACGGCGCGUGGGCCGGCUACCCGGAGCUCACGGCCAUGAGCCAGAUGCUCGGCGUGGGAGUUCGACUCACCACAGGUGGCAGCGCCAAUUGUCCCACCGUGUCGACCAUGCUGCACCGAUUCGGCAAGGGCAACAAUGAGGAUGGCCCCACCAUCUGGCUCAGCUGGCUCAGCAACGGCCACUACGACGCCGUGUUCGACACGCCGCUGCCAAACGAUGAGUACGAACGCUGGUACGAGCGCUACGUGGCACAGCAGCGGGACGACGAGGAGAUGGCCAAAGCCAUGGCAAUGUCUCUCUCCAGACUCUUCAAGGAGCAGAACAUCAGGACCCGUUAGCUUGAAAGGUCUCCCUUUUGCCUGGUGGGGUGGGUGGGUGGCUCGUGACCAAAGUUUGAGGAUGAUCUGAAGUUCCGAACUCGAAUGAUUUGUAUCGGGUGAAAUGAUUGGAACGUGGAGGAAAGUUUAUUAUUUACAAGGCAACUUAUGAAUGGCAAUGGCUGGGCUCCCGGCAGACCAGUUCUCCUGGGAAGCUACAUGCGCUGAUUUUUGGUUGAAGAUAGAGAACUUGCUCAUGAAUCCAUCUGCAUCACACGUCACCCGAGACUAUGAAACCAGAGAUUGGAGUGUGUUGCCACCUCGGUCUGGAGCCGAAUCAUGAGAGGCAGGCACAACGUUGCCUGCGUAGCAAGUGGACAUUGUUGGUUUGUGCAGAAGAGAUGGCUGGGCCACAUGUUUUCAGUGUGCUUUUGGUGUAGGAGGGUGAAGGUUUUUGUUUAUGCAUGUGUAGUUAUCGGACCAACUGUUUCAAACACGCACAGUCAAGCAUUUGCAAAUAUUUUAUAAGUAGCAUUUUAAAAGCAGUUGUUAAACAAAUGUCUACUUUCGCCUUUAUUUACACAAAUUCUGGUUGCGGAUUGCUUGCAGAUGUGGAAUGUUAACCGGUCACUUUGAUAAUAUUGGUCGGAGUCGGGAACAUUUCUAAAAUGUAAAUGCUGGACACUGUAAGUUAUAUUACUUUGCUGGGUUAAAGGUUAAGCUUUUAUAGAGUACAAAGUUAACUGGAUUUACACUGGAAGGCCCUCUGUUUGAGGGUGACAAUAGUUAAGAUUACAAGUUUUAGUCGAGUUUUCAAUUUAAUGUUUGGCAUUGUGACACGAUUUGUCCCUUGUAAAACAUUGUGAAAGGUGUCGAAUAAGCGCAAAUUAUUACAUGUCGCGAUUGAGUUCCAGUCUAGGAAUGUUUCACAUUGCUGUUUUGUCAACACUGGAAAAAUAAACAUUUAACUUUGCAUAAAAAAAA